CUAAUAAAGUCUUGUUGGUGAUGCUGCUCCUCUGUCGUCCUGAACUGUGAAUAAAGAUGGCAGACGAGUCGGAGCGGGUUCCUCCUCCUUUUCCAGAAUCGGAGCAGCGGGAGACGGAUCCAGCGGACGGGGAAAGCGACGAGGAUAGCGACGACUUUGAGGGAGAGGACAUCUUUACCGGCAAUAGCCAACCAUCGGAGCCUAAAAAAGACCCCUUCCCACCAGCCACCGCCUCUACCACCACCAGCAGCAACACAAAGACCAAUGGACUGCAUUCAGGCGAUGAAGAGCAGGAUAUAUUUGCAGAGGCCACCGUAGAGCUGGCUCUGGACAGUCCUCUCAAUAAUAGAAAGAGAGAGCCCGCUCAGGCCAAACUGUCAGCAUCUGGGUCCUCCCUUACCGUCACGGGGCCAAGCACUUUGAAACCACCACCGGCCAAAACCUUUGAGGAGCUAGAGGAAGAGGAGGAAAAGGAGGACACAUUUGAAUUGAAUAUUGCAGUUACCAAUCCUGAGAAAGUUGGGGAUGGUAUAAACGCAUAUAUGGCUUAUAAAGUCUCAACUCAGACCAAUUUACCAGUGUUCAAGUGUAAGACGUAUACAGUAAAGAGGCGGUUCAGUGAUUUCCUUGGAUUAUACGAGAAGCUCUCUGAAAAGCACUCGCAAAAUGGAUACAUUGUACCCCCGCCUCCAGAGAAGAGCAUACUUGGGAUGACCAAAGUGAAAGUGGGGAAAGAGGACUCCUCCUCUGUGGAGUUUGUGGAAAGGAGACGUGCGUCACUAGAAAGAUAUCUUCAGAAAGUUGUCAGUCACCCAUCAUUAUUGCAAGAUCCAGACGUCAGGGAGUUUUUGGAGAAAGAUGAGUUACCCCGCGCUGUGGGUACCCAGGCGUUGAGCGGAGCUGGCUUCCUCAAGAUGAUAAACCGAGCUACCGACGCAGUCAGCAAGAUGACUAUUAAGAUGAAUGAGUCUGAUAUUUGGUUUGAAGAGAAGCUGCUGGAGGUGGAAAGUGAAGACCAACAUCUGCGUAAACUUCUCUCUGUUGUGGAAACCCUUGUAAACCACAGGAAGGAGCUCUCCAGCAAUACGGCUAUGUUUGCGAAGAGUGUGGCGAUGCUGGGCAGCUCGGAGGACAACACGGCUCUGUCCCGGGCUCUGUCCCAGCUGGCUGAGGUGGAGGACAAGAUCGAGCAGCUUCACCAGGACCAGGCCUGCAACGACUUCUUCAUCUUGGCAGAGCUGUUCGCAGACUACAUCCGCCUCCUCACUGCCGUGAGGGGCUCAUUUGACCAUCGAAUGAAAGCUUGGCAACGAUGGCAAGAUGCUCAGACUACACUGCAGAAGAAACGUGAAAACGAAGCCAAGCUGCUGUGGGCAAACAAACCUGACAAGCUGCAGCAGGCCAAAGACGAGAUCUCCGAGUGGGAGUCUAAAGUAACACAGUGUGAGAGAGACUUUGAGAGGGUUUCGGCUACAGUGCGGAAAGAGGUUCUCCGAUUUGAGAAAGAGAAAGCCAUGGAUUUCAAGAACCAGCUAGUGAGAUAUCUUGAAACGCUUGUACGCUCGCAACAGCAGCUUAUUAAAUACUGGGAAGCAUUUCUACCAGAAGCAAAAGCAAUCGCUUAACAUGACCAAGGAAGUCGUGUGAACCUCUCAAACUCUGCCUUUUUAUACACUUUACCUCUUGCCUUUUAAACCAAGAAAAUGAACCAAGAGGCACCGCAAAGGGAAGAAACUGAACUAAUACAGUACAUGUUAUUAUAGAUCUUCAUCUUAACUAUUGUAUUAACUAUGUAUAUUUUACAUGUAACUUCCAUAUAUAUUUUCUUAUAAAAAUAAAUAAAUAAAAAAUCCUUGUAUAAGGAAUGAAAAGUAGACGUCGGGGUAUGGGUGAUAUUUUGGGGGCAAAGGGUUCUAUUAGCAAAGAGCCAAAACACAUUUAGUUUGUUAAAAAAAUGUACCACUGUGCUUAUAUUAAGGCUUUGCACUUGUUAGCACCUGCUGAUUAGCUAUUUAAUAGAUGAUUUCGGGGGUUCGUUUGUUGUUCUUUAAGAUACUGUUAUAGGUCUGCUGUUAAGAGCUUUCGUCCUUGUUUACUAGCGAUCCAGUCAUUUAGCUGGGGUGGGGAAUUGAAGCUGCUUUGUGUGAAUCUAGCAUUUGCCCUGGGGAUCAUUAAUCCACAGAACCAUAAAGCAUACGGAACCAGAGCACACUGUGUCUAUGCACCACUGCAUGAGUGUUGGUUGGUUGAUUGAUGGCACUAUAGUAUGAUCACAGACUGUAACCCAGUAGCAAGUUUGAUGGCAAAAGGGCCAACAGCACCCACAUAGGGUGGCAUGCUUAUUAGAGUGCCCCAUGGGUCACAUUAAAAAGCGAAAUGAGGUUAAAUAGUCUUACGCUAGCUAGCGUCUACAAUGACGUGCACCCAGAAUUAAUUGUAUUUUAGUGAAGAAGCUAGAAGUGCCUUUUCCUUGCAAGUGUGUGAAGGAGUAGGGUAACAGCUAGGAUUGAGGAUACAAGAAACGGUCGGCUUGAGAAUGUGUAGUGUUAAAAAUGAUUUUAUCUCUGAAUGUUAAAAGAACUUGCCCCACAGAGAUAUACUGCAAGGUUGUUCCUUCCCGUAGUGCAAUGCAAUGUUUUAGCCAAUAUGAUUUGUAUUUGUUAGUAACCAUUGUAUUUCAUUCCACUGUGAGUUCUCCUAAUGGCUCCUAUAUUGUUAUUCAGUAGACCUAGUCCAAGCUUGAUUUGGUGAAAGGGUUCGCAACAUACAAUACAAUAAUGCAAGAUAAUCUUAAUAGCUUGAAAUAGCCAGUCAUAACAUUCUUUAAUUGGCUUCAUAGAAUAACCUAAGCCGUUGCGUCCCCUUUCUGGGUCUGUAUAAAUUGUCUUUCCAGUUUAAAUAUUAUUCCAUUUCAUAUUGUUGAAAUGCCAUGUGUGUGUUUGUUUAUUUCAUGAGAGGUGGGACUGGCAACAGCCACUUAAUGUCUGAUACUACUUUGGCAGCAUGUAUCAACUGAACUGGUGUACAUAGUUUAAAAAUACAAUUGUAACCCUUAGAAUGUUUUACAAUGGUUGCAGCUGUACAUGUUUUCCUGAUCUCAGAUUACCUAUGAUGCCAAACAAUGUUACGAUGAGUUCAGAGACAUGUAAGUUCAAAGCAUGUUGGAGAGUAUUAAUAGAACUUGCUAUUGAACUGACGACCCAUUCAGAAUAUUUGCAAGCAUAAACUGAAAAUAUAAAAUGGCCUUUUGAUGCAUUGUCCUUUUCUGUGACUGAGGAGAUAGGGUUGUAGCAUCAAGUGUUUGAGUAACAGGGUAAUGGGCUUCAUGCGUGAAGGGGACACUACCUGGUCAGCUGGAAAGAUAGAAACUUUUUUUUAUUUUUAGUAAUUGACAAACAAUCAACUUUGAAUGGUUUCUUUUUUUAUUAUUGUAUUUAGUGCUGGGACAGCUAUUCAAACAUUGCUUCAAAUAUAAUUUUAUACAGAAAAUCUAAUUUGUUUGCACCAGAUUUAUCAGACAUGAUUUAUAUACUUUUAGUAAACUCCAAAAUACUAUAAUACAUCUGUAUUUUAAUAUUAAAAUAAUAAUAAUAACCUGUAAGUAUCUCUGUAUCCUAAUGUUUUUGCUGACAACUGGGAAAAUAAAUAGUGUUUCUUUGUCUCGCCAUGUAAUCACUUGUAGAGGGUUGAAUUUUCCAUAAACCAGUGCUUAAUUGUUUCAGUUAAAAAUGCAAAUACAUGUGUUUGUCCCAGCACUAAUUAGCACAUCUCAAACCCACUUCUUUUCAAAGUGUUUACAUGUUAUUAAUAUUCCAUAACAGUUGGUGGAGAUUAAAAACCUUAAUUAUAAAAAUUGUAUGCAUACAAAAGUUUG